AUGGCCGAUGAACUGGUUGAACAUGUCACAAGUCGUUUUCCGUUUUGUGCGGGAAUUUUCAACCGGUAAGAACUGUUCUUAGUAAUAGAUAAGUUAAUAGUACCUAGUAACUGACCUUUAUGCUCAAUAAAAUUUGAAACUGGAUUAUUUGUGUGACCAAAGGAUCAAUAGUAACCUUACAUAACUUCAAGUCAUCACAAAAAUUGAGCUGACAUGAACUUCAACGUAGCAGUGAGGCAGUGUGUAAUUUGGUCUUAUUCAUUAAGCUAAAGCUUAAACAUUGUAUCAAAAGAGAGUAAAUUAUGUAUCACAAAUAAAUAAGUUAAAAGAUUUAAAUGGAAAUGAUAAAUGCUUUAAUGGUAGCACAUUCAUAGAGUAAAAUCGGAAAAUUAUGUUAGUUUUCGUGCAACUGGGAGAACUGCGAGGUACCUGGUGAAAAUUAAACCUCUUGGAGCAAGAUUCACCUAAGGGCAGUUCACCCACACUCAGGUCAAUUUGUCUGAUGUGUGUUUGUCAACCUUUAAGCCGGAAAAAUGGACUAAGCUUGGAAUGAAAGUGACCCAGUUGUGGUUCAACAGCUUCUUCUAGUGUAAACGUAAUGGAAUUCAUGCAGGCUUAACUUAAAAAAUGUCUCUGAUAAGUACGUUCACUGUUGUUGUAUGUCAUUUGGUGAAUUAACUUAAGACCCUGCAAAAUGACAUCAGGCGAAUUAACUUUCAGGUAUUAAUAAUCACAAUUCUAUAUCAAUUGUAUUUUUUAUAACUUUCAGGAAAUUCCUUGUGAUCCUUGCCCUUGGUCAGCUUCUUUCUUGGUUUGUCUGUGGAACUGGUGUAUUCAGUCAGCUGUUGGUCACUAAUUAUGGCAUUGAGAUUCCAACAACACAAAGUUUUCUCAAUUAUUUAUUAUUAGGACUCGUUUACACAACUGCGCUAGCUUGUCAUCCAAAUGAUUUUAAAAGGAAACUCAAAGAAAGAGGAUUGAAAUACUUUUUUUUAGCACUUUUUGAUGUUGAAGCCAAUUUUCUGGUAGUAAAAGCUUAUCAGUACACAAACCUUACAAGCAUCCAGGUGAGUGCAGUUAUCUAAUCGAAAGUGAGCAGAAACGUCUUUUGAACCUAGAGAUGAAAACUGCAAGACUGUAAAAAAACAAACCAACAAAAACUGAAAUGAGGAAACUGCAUGCAUUUUGGAAAUAUCAGAUGUGAAAACUGAAAAACCAUAGACUUCAAAAAAAAAGAAAUGAUAAAUUUUGCUCACACUCUCAAAAGAGCUUACCCAAAUUUUUGUAACUGUUUAGCCUUAUAGACAACAAAACUGGAAACAGAAGCGAAUAUAGAAGGUCCCGAAAAAAUAAACCUUCAUGUAUAAAAACUGACAGCUGCUUGCAACUAGAAAACUGAUCAAAAAAGUCCCAAACCAUAAAAUUGGAAGCCUCAAUAAUCCUGUUAACAUCUUUGCACAGUAGCCUCUCUAAUUUUGGGUCUCUGAAACCAUUACCCUCUACCAGCCAUCUUAAUCUCACACUUGGUUAAUAAGGAUUUCUUUUAUUUUAAAUAUGGAUAAUCCCACAGAUGACAGUCAUCUAUGGGUAAAGCUUAGUUCUUCAAAAACUAGCGACAGCAUUCUGCCAUGCAGCAUUUAGCUUAGUGAGAGUUAGAAAGCUCUGGCUGACUUGUUUGUCUUUAGUGUGUUACAUGAUUCUUGGGUGGAUUGUUCUAUGGCUCAGUUGAACCCCCUAACGUGAAACUGCCAACAUCUAAAAAGUGCAGUCACAACAAAAACCUACAGUGGUAAAAAUAACUAAAUGACACAAAAAUUCACUUGAUGUUCAGCAAUCAAAAAAGGUCAAUUUCUCCUUCAGCAUGCAUGCUAGCUAGGACUGAAAUGUUAAAAUUUUCUAGUUGAACAUGCCUAAGCAACCUCACCAUUGGGGUUCUCUCCUAUACUUGUGUUGUCUCUAUUCGCUUCGCUGGCGGACAAGAAGAAGAUAUUCUGUGGGAAUGAUGUUGUACACCUGAAGACCUCCUUCCAAUAAUCAUUUAUUUGAACCCCUUCAAAACAAAUCCUGGACCCAUUCCAGAUGAUUUAGGCUCUGAUUUAAAAGGGAUUCUCUCUUUCUAAAUUCAAAAUAUUUAAUUUCUGUUAAUAGUAGACUUAAUCAGAUUGCUGUGUUGUGGUUUACUUUCAUGUAUUCUAAAAUGAACUAUUAUAAUACAGGUUCUGGACUGCUUUACAACGGCAUCUGUUUUAGUUCUUUCUUGGAUCUUCCUCAAAGUUCGUUAUCAGUGUGUCCAUUACUCUGGAGUAGUUAUCUGCUUGGUUGGCAUCAUCUGUUUAGUGAUAGCAGACUAUUAUGGUUCUCGAUAUUAUGGAGCAGGUGGGACAGUUUAUAUGGGAUAUUUUGUUGACUUUUUGUAGAGAAAUUGCAUAUUAGUUUUUGAUGGAAAAAUAAAUAUACAGCUGUUCAAGAAAGGUUUUUGGAAAAAGUGAAUGCAACAAUCCUAAAAGGUAUUGUGGGUGGUUUUGAGCUCACUGUUUUUCAACGAAAUUUGAAAGAAUGGCUUAAGAGGCCAUGGACGCAUGUUUGCAAGUGUUAAAGGAAAGCAAAAAAGUAAGUUCAACAGCCACAAUGUCAGGAACAGUGUAUUUGUCAUAUCCCAUAUUACCUUUCGGGAUUGUCCCGUGCACAUUUUUUCUGACAACCUGUCUUGAAAUAGCUGUAUAUUUAAUGUGAACUGUCUGCAUGAUUUGUUUAAGAUUUACCAGGUAUCAAAAGAAAACGUUUCAACAGCUUUAAGUUAUGAUUUUACUUUACUUUUCUCUCUUACUCAGUUGGGGGAUGAUGGGGUAUUAAGGUAAGGCUUUCUUUGGUUGAGGGCUGUUGUGAGUAACAAUUAAACAGCCAGCUUUUCUCACCCAUUACUGCAGUACAAUCAGCCAGCUUUUCUAAGUAUGAAAAUGAGUCAACUAUAACAUGUGNCAUUUUUUCUGACAACCUGUCUUGAAAUAGCUGUAUAUUUAAUGUGAACUGUCUGCAUGAUUUGUUUAAGAUUUACCAGGUAUCAAAAGAAAACGUUUCAACAGCUUUAAGUUAUGAUUUUACUUUACUUUUCUCUCUUACUCAGUUGGGGGAUGAUGGGGUAUUAAGGUAAGGCUUUCUUUGGUUGAGGGCUGUUGUGAGUAACAAUUAAACAGCCAGCUUUUCUCACCCAUUACUGCAGUACAAUCAGCCAGCUUUUCUAAUUAUGAAAAUGAGUCAACUAUAACAUGUGGGAAGAAUGAUGAUCUGGGACUUUCCCUGAGAGACAAGCUACUUAAAACUCUAAUGACAGUCCUCUUGGUCAUUAUAAAUGAAAACCACACAAGCACUAAUUUUAUGCUCUGGAAUGAAGUAUGAGCACAUGAUUCUUGUUUAAUGUUUCAUCUGUUAUACCGUAAACUGCCGCUUACAAGCCCAUCCGCUUAUAAGAUUUUGUUUUGAAAUUUAACUGAAUUCCAUUUAUUGCUGCCUUUUCAAGGCUUCAAUCCUAAGAGUAAUGAAGUUAAAUCAUGCGUCGAUCGACAGUGCUGUUGCUCAUUUCGAAACACUUUUUUUCACCCGCUUAUAAGCCCAUCCGGAUAUAAGUCCCCCCGUUUAUAAGCCCACCCAAAACCUCUUAUGAACUGGUAUAAGCCCAGGGCUUAUAAGCGGCAGUUUGCGGUAUGCAUUUUUUUUUCACCGUUAACCAACUGCAUUGCUUUGUGGAGGUGGUGCUUGAAUUUGUCCGGCAGCUCCUACUUUUUGGCAUAGCCAUCCCCAAGACAGAGUUGUCCCUAUGGCUGAUAAAUCUGCACCUCCAAGCCAGGAGCCCCCACACCAACAGAACCAGGCACCCAUCACCCAGACUAGAAAGGGAGAAGGGUAAUGGUAAACACAAGAUCCAAUGUCUUAUGGAAACCCAUUAGUGGCCACAAAAUCCUGUACCAUGCAUGGCAGCUGUGCCUGCCCCACCAAUCUGACCACUGGCCAACAACCCACAGAAGAUGCCAACAUUGCAUGAUGUUAACAUUAGUGUUCAUUUCACUCCAUUAUAUUAACUUGCAUUUGUUUGUUCCUCGAUUUUGCAGGCAAAAAUCAAGUAGUUGGGGACAUGCUGGUCUUGUGUGGUUCUAUAAUGUAUGGAGUUUCCAAUGUUGCUCAAGAGUUUGUUGUCAAGAAUUUUAGCAGAGCAGAAUUCCUUGGAAUGAUUGGUUUCUUUGGGAGCUUUAUCUCGGCCAUUCAAAUGUAUGUUUUUCACUUUGUUAUCCACUCAUAUGUUCCCUUGUAAUAAGACUUUGCAGAUUGUAAAUGUCCCACAACCUAAUUACAUGUAUUGUAAUCAUAAAUUUCUCUGCAUGUGGUUGUAUCUUGGCAGUAGAUCCAGAAGCCCCAGCUACAUGUAUGUUCUGCUUCUUUACCCCAAUAUAUUUUGUGCCAAAUUUGCCAUGCAUAAAAAAAACCAUGGGAAUCUGAAGUGGACACUUGAGUAUCUUAAACCUAAUUAGUUGUAUUGCAGAAUUUAUUGAAAAAGUUUUCAAGAUUUUCAUGCCUUACUUGCAAGUGGUUUGGUGUAUGAUGCUGUUAAAACAUGCAAAAUGAAACCUUAGAGUUCAUUUUUUCAGCAGUUCACAUUGUUAUGCACCCAAGUUAUCCUACUCUAUGAGCCUACUGUAAUACACAGAGUAAUAUUUGGAACACCUUAAUUUGGUUCAGACCUCUAACUAUAUAUGUGCCAAAAAAAAACAUAAGUUAUUUGAACAUAUUUGGUCCUUUUGCCAUUCUUGUCCUCAUUGUAUUGGGGUUUAAAUUUGACUGAUAAGUUCAACAUCUAAAUCUACAGGGGUUAAUUUAAGUUAGCCUGAAAGUUAAAAAGUUAACCAAAAAACUAUCAUUUUUUAUCACAGGAUCAUUCUUGAGAGAAAUCAACUUUUAGCAAUAGAAUGGAACUACAAAAUUGGUUUGUGGAAAUUUGGAAUUUUCUAUUAUAUGUUAUUAUUGUAAUAGAAGGUUAUUGCAAUUUGAAUCUAACAUUUCAAUUAUUAUCAUUAUUUUUGCUAUUGUUAUUAUUAUUAUUAUUUACUGUUAUUAAAUGAUUAUAAAUUCUUAAUCUGCUAUAAAUAUGCUUGACUGACCAAGCAUAAAGUCAAGAUGAUUGAAUAUUAGCCCUUUUUUUCAUGGACCAUGACGUUGUCUCUGUCCAAAAAAAAAAGUGUCAAAAAGAGCAAGAAUGAUAGCAGUUAAAAACGUUGUGUGGAAACAAAGAAAGUAAUCCUGAGUUCACUUUAGCCAAUCAGAAAACAGUAUUUGCUUCAUUUUGUCUGCUCAUAUAGCCAGCCCAUAAUUAUCAUUAUUUCGUUGUCACAUGUAUCAGUAUAUUAAUACUACUCUCUCUUUUGUUUUCAGCAUUAUACAUUGUUGGUUUUGCUAUUUGUUUGUUUCUACUAUACAACCUGAUGCCAAUUGCUAUGCAGUUUAGCAGUGCUACAGUUGUAAACUUGUCAUUACUUACAGCAGACUUUUACAGCUUACUUUGUGGCAUAUUUCUAUUCCGUUAUAAGGUUAGUUUUUUUGCAUGUACAUUCAGUCUCUUUGUAAGAUUUUGCACUGUUAAAAGUAAAAUACUUUUGUGACAAUUUUAAAAAAAUAAUGGGUAAUACACAGUGCGUAACUUAAUCUGAGUGCCAAUGUAUUUAUCUCGAAAGUACCAACUGAGGACACUAUUAGUACGUCUCCUACUGAAGACGAGACCGCCGUUUCAUGUGGUCAUCCGAGCAACGCGAAGGUCUAGCCAUUGGCAGGGAAAAGGCAGUACCCUCAUUUCUCAGUUAUUUUAAGACCCUGAGUACAGGUCCCGUCCGGCCCUGGGGAUCGAACCCACGAAUUGCGGUCGUUUCGCCCGAAGGCGUUCGCUAGGACUGAAGUCGAUUCGCCCGAUGACAUACAACACUCUACAACAUGGUGAACCUACUUCUCCGAGACAUUAUUUUAGUUAACCUUGGAUUCCACAUGUGCAGUCACUCUCUUUCCAUGCUUAUUCCUUUUUCUCAGGCUUAAAGAACAACAAAUUCACAUCGGGCGAAUCGACUUAGUCUGGACGAACUGCCAUCCGGCAAAUCAACCCUCGGGUCAAACGACCCGAUACCGAACUCACGACCUCCCGCAAUACAAUCCUCCCCUCUACCCACUGUCGUAUUUUAAUGCUCUUCUCUUAUUGUUAUUUAUGUAAAUGUUUCUUUCAGUUCUCUGCUCUCUACCUUGGAUCCCUAACAUUUAUUAUAAUUGGACUGAUUGUGUACAAUCUCAAGCCAACGCCCAGGCACGCUGACCCUCCUGUCACACAGACUUCACUUUCAUACAGACGACUUGAGGAGGACUCUGAAGAAAGCAAUGGUGACUCAGUGUUAUCAUCAUCUUGUGAUCCUGUGCCAUCUCUCUGCUGCCAAGAGUUAAGAAAUGUCAGUGAAUAAAUACUGGUUUUUAUAUACAUGCUAAAUGCUUAGGACAUACAUAUAGGGUGAUUUCCAUUCCGCCACACCGACUGGUCAGAAAUAAUGGAACUAACCAAGAGAACUUUUCGGUUGAUGCAAAGUUUCCAACCGCACUGAAGCGUUCCAUGUACGUUUGGACUGAAAUCUUGAUUGCUAAUCGUGUCCGGUCAGAAGGAUCUCAACUGAAGGCGAGCUACUCUUCCCUGGACCAAAGCGUUCUAUCUAUAUUUCGACCGAAAUUAUGUUUUAUUAUCUCAUUGUUAUUGUUUUUUCUUUGUAAUUACUGCAUGUUAUUUUGAGCUUGAAAAAUGUUGACAACUGAACAUUUAAUUUGGAAGUUUGGUGUAUCUGUUACAGGUCAAAAUUAUGUUCAGAAAAUUUUGACAUAAUGGAAUGCACCCGUAGUCUGCGGAGUGGCAAUGCCAUUUUUCACCACGUGUCCUAUUUUUUGGGACUUCUACACAGUCUUUACAAAGAAUUGUGCUUUUGAAACGGAUCCCAGUGCAAAGCCUUUUGUGAAAAUCAGUUUUAUUUGCAUGAGAAUGAAAAGUCAUUUUCUAAUCAUCGGCUUUGCAAUUAGCCUCGCUUUGAAACAGAGGCUUGAGACGACUCGGAAAUUGCCUAUUUGCCCUGGCGUAUAACAAUGCUGCCAGUUUUAGUUGUUAACCAACAUCACUCUUUCAAGAAGAGGUCCGUUCUACUAAGGGCAAACCCAAAAAAUUUUUGCAAAGUUAAAUUCAUUUGAUAAAGAAGUUCUGCCAAAGAUAUUUGAUAACAAUGAUUUCGCUAGCUUUCGUUAUUGAAGACCUUGAGCAAAACUAACAACAGCAGACUAAACAAAAACUGAUAAGUUUGACAAACAAUACAGCGACAAGCAGAAUUAAGAACACGAAUCGAAACGCACCACUUUUUUUAAUACUUUAGAGACUUUACUGCCGAUAACAUCCAAUGCGUGCAGGGAAAAGGCCGUCUAGGGGAUUUAAGGAAACAGUCGCUUUGAAUUUAGCUUCUGAUGGAGGGAGAUCGAUUUCACAAUACCAAGGUUUUGUUGUCUGUAAAGUAUUUUUAGGAAUCAUGAUUACAAGAUUAUUUUUAAUGUAGUUAUUCAAUUUAGAAUAUUGUUUAUUUAUUUCAAGAGAUUUUUAAUAAAUUGUAUUUACUCUCUUUCGUUUCUCUUAAUGAUUGCUCAACAGUUUUAAAAUGGAGAUCUUGCAGCUCGCAAGCUACAUCAGCUCCGUUUUUAAAGCGCAUGCCCUGAAUCCUUUCAGGGACUCUAUCUCUCGUUUUUUUUCUCUCCCACCUUCGUGACGUUACCUCCAAGCAAUCAAUAUUCCCUUGGAACAAUAACCAGCCCUUAUAAUUACUUCCGCUUCGGUACGGCAAAAAUCUAGCUUCUCAGCUUUUUUAAGCCCAGUUGUCAAAUACCCCUAAGUCAUCCUAGAAUUUCUCUCCCAUUAACCAGGGAAAACCGCAUGUUAUUUAUGCAUAAACAAAAAGCGACAUCAGAAAUUCCUUUGCUACGAUAUUUUUAGAUUCGUCUUUUAUAUGACUACCGCCCCCGCCUUCAUUACCGCGACUUGGUUUUCGACAGUCGAAUAUAAUGGGUAUAACGAGUCAGAAGGCAAAAAUAGCAUUUAGCGGUUACUAAGAAACGAUUCAUACUGACCAUGGUUUUCUUUGACAUCUCCGUCGAAGAGGACGGAACAAAACGUUUACUUCCAUUUUAUGAGGUAGGGAGAUAUUUUCGACCAAUCGGCGCUUUAUGGUUUCUUUUUCUACAUGGUCACUUGUUGUCCCCCAAAUAAUACCAAUUUAGAACAUAAACUGUUUUUAAAUCCAAAAUACUUCAGUUCUUGAAUAAAUUUAAUCAGAAAGGUGUUAAAGUCCAAACACUAAUCACAAAUUUAGAAAAUUUUUACAGUUUGAAGAAGACGAAAUAACACGACUUUCAUUUUAGAAUAAUAGCUUCAGAAAGGUAAACGUUUGAAACACCUGGAAAACUGGUCGAGAAUAAGUUGUUGUAAGCUACAUACACUGUGAAAAGGAGACCUGAAUUUCAAAAUGUUAAACCAACAUUACUAAUCUUAACCUUUAUUGUUUUCUCGCUUUUUUUCAAACACGAAAUUAGAAACUGUCGAAUUAAGAGAUUUUUUUGUACGUGUUGUGCUACUGUUUAUUAUCUAACAGUUGUUGAAUGCGGCUGAGUUUGAUAUGAAGAAUUAUCUGCAUAGUUCUUCAUAUCGAAUCCAGCCUUAUUCUUACGAUGUAGUUAUUUAGUAAAUACAUUAUAUCAAUGAUGUUUAUUAUGAGCUUGAUUUUUGUUUUUUGAUAUGCUGAGAAUUACAUGUAAAAUUGGUCCAGUGUAUGAUUGAGCCAAACUCGGAUGGGAAACCAUUACUGGCCGCUACUGCCGCAAACCACAAAUCGUCCUGACUCGACAAUUUGGGCGAUCUCUACAAGCGCCCUUAGCGGAACUGACAUGCAGAUUGAAAAACCGUUAAUUUGCCGUCUACAAGCAGAACUAGGCUAUGUGUCAUUUUCAUUCUAUAUUCAAUAUUUACCUGCUGUCUUUUUGAACAAUUCUUUGUCACUUUGUAAAAGGCUGCGAAUAAAAUUUACGCCGCACAAGUGCCCAUGACGUAUACAGCUAUUUCGAGAAAGGUUGUCGGCAAAAAUGUGCACGCGAUGAUCCCGAAAGGUAAUAUGGGAUAUGAUCAAUACACUGUUCCAGACACUGUAGCUGUCAAAACGUCUUUUGUUGCUUUCCUUUAGCACGCGCAAACAUACGUCCAUGGCCACUAGUGCAAUUCUUUCAAAUUUCUUUGAGGAACAUCGGACUCAAAACCAUCCACAAUACCUUUCGGGAUUGUCGCGUGCACUUUUUCCGACAACCUCUCUGGAAAUAGCUGUAUUUAUUGAGCAUAUAAUUAAGCUGUGAAUUUUCUUUCUUAUUUCCACACAGAAGAAAUCAUUAGGCCGCACUUUAUUACCCUGAGGACAAAAUAUCCGUUAGGUUCUUGGUAUCGCGGAGGUGCGAUCACCAUGGCACACCCAAAGAUCCGGCUCGGCUGCAGUUGUUAAGCAUAAACUCUUCGGGAAUAAUGUAUAGCCUAGCAUAACAGGGUUUGUUAGAUAGUGCGAUUAUCUUUUACGUGUUGAAUCUUUCUCCUGUUGUCUAAAUAUACGAAAAUUUUAUUUUUUCACGGACUUUCAUAUCUUCAUCGUCUUCGGUUAUAUAACGAACUCACAAAAUGACCAGCUGCCUGGUUCCCAAUUGGCUUGAUAGUUUAGUUGCUUAGCACGCUGUAUCGUUAUCGUGGUGUAAUGGGUUUCUGUAAAAGCCUGACUUUUUAACAUACUUUUUUCUAAAACAACUCAAGCAUUUAUUUCAAACCCCGAUUCUUUUUUUGUUUCAAGCUUUUUCUUCUCCCCACUGACCGUACCAAAGAUACUUAGGCUCUUUUUGACUCAAUAAAAUCGUUACUAUAACGGACUGCUUGCGCUGGGCAUAUAAAUUUUUACACGUCGAACGAAGAAAGCUUUUUCCCAGCGUAUUGGGCGAUUGGAGGAUUGUUGCAAAAAUUGACAAACCGACAUCUACUUAUAACACUAAGUCCUUACAGGAAACGCUUAGGCAUUUUUGCGAAAUAUGCUAGGCCUUUGAGAGACAAGUUCCACGAAAGAUUAGAUAGUCAAGUGAAAAAGGGUGUUUGUUAGUGUGGCUGAAACUAUUGUUGCGUCUGUUUUUGUUAUGUAGCAGUGUGAUAUUGUCAGUGUCGUUUCAACUCUUAUGAGUAUAAACGUCAUUUGGCGAUGGCCCACCCCGGCAUCUCAACGCGAGGAAAAGGGCUUAGCCCGUGGGAGGUACUCCCUAUAGUGACCUGUACGUAGCGCCCGUGCUCAGCCCGAAAGGGAUACAAAUACCUUUUUAGGUUUCAGGUAUAUGAAAGGGUGGCGAUUUUGUUGAGUACCCGCCCUGUGGGGGGCCUUUGGAAUAAAACGGACACAGCAAUACUGAACACUACUGCUCUAACAAUGUUGAAAGUUUAGGGUAGUGUUAGCAGUAGUUUCUGGCUUGAAAGGCAACAGCAAUUCCAAAAACACUUGACACGGACAGGAGCUGAUGGGGUCCUGACACGGAGUUUUAACUUAAUGUUGGUUCUGGUUUCGCAAGUGGGGUAGAGGGUGUCUCUGCUGAGUCACAAAAAAACGUUAAAAAAAACGUUAUAUUUUUCGAGAUAAAAGUAGUUAGAUAUACUCCAUUACGUUGUAAGGAAAUAGUUCUACCGAGGAUCGACUUAUAAAAUGAGAAGAGUGUGAAAGGAGUUUCAUUCAAUUGGUACAGUGGUUUUUUAGCUUAUAUCGCUCCGUGAGUUAAGAAAAAAUUGUACAAUGGUCCAUUAUUUUCUGUUAUUAGUUUUGGAGAAUUGUGGAUAUUUGACCGAUUGAUUAAUUAAUUGAUUGAUUAAAUUUUAAAUGAACAUCAUUUUCAAUUAACUUGGGGGUCUACCGACAGAACAAGUCGAUAUCACAAAAAACUAAAUCUUUAUUAGAAUGUACUCGGCUACACUGAAAAAUGGAAGUUUUCAUUUACCAAGACAAAAAUAUGUAGUGAUGUUGUUCCUCUUAACUUUAUUACAAAACUAUUGUUGUUUGUGUCAAAGAUGAAGGAGUGUUUGCCACUGAUCAACGCAAAUCGAGAACUAAGUACUCCUGCUCAUAUUUCAUUCUGUUUCGUCACAGCAAUUAAUCAAAAACAAUUAAGACAUUGCUUAAAAGACUUGUUGCAAAUUGUGUAUAACGGAAAUUACGAUUUGUCGGCCCUCUUCAGUUCCCACGCUAAGAAUGUGUCUGCUUUGUAAUAGCUCAUGAACUUGAAAACAAAGUUUGAAAUAAUAUGUUAAAUUUUCUGUUUUAAAAAAUUUGUCAAACUGACCCUUGUUAUUAAGUUGAAAUUCUUUGACUUUAGUUUGAUAUUAUGAUGAUCUUGCCGAUUUUAAGUUUCCGGUCAGUGGAAUAUGAUAUAUUUUGCGUACUAUACGUAUCUAUAAUAUUGUUUUGGAGGUAUCCUAUUGAAGCAAUACAGAUCGGCAAUAAAAAAUGGGUGACUGACGGUUUCUAAGUAUCUCGCAUGCUCUAAAUAGCAGGAAAUGAUGUAUUUAUUCCCUGAAUGAAGUAGUUGAUAGUUGUUGCUUGCAACUGUUCUGUGCUGAUAACCAUGAUGGACAGAUCAAGUAAGUAGGCCUUGCUAAGUGUACUGCAAGCUUCGUAAAAACUCACUUACUGGAAUAAGAAAGUCAAUGAUGAAACAUUUUUUGCUCUUUUUCUUUCACGUUUCAGUUGAAAGAGUUAUUCUUUGGCUUGCCGUUUUAUGCGCUUGUGGGAAGGCCAGUGGCCAGAGGUUUGGUAAGUAAGCGAAUCUACGUACUCUUUCAAUAAGCUUCCUUUAAUUCAACUGGAUGGACUAUGACAGCGGGUAUUUCUCUACCAAACCGAGCUACGAUGACUUAGUUUCUUUAGGCAUGCUCAAAACGAAACUGGAAAUCUAAUUAUUAUAGGAAUUAUUUUAAAUAAGUGUGUAAUAACUUUUCUUUUAAGGGGAAGUUGUUUUGACAAUCAUCACGAAUAAGGCUAAAGUGGAUCGUCCUUACAGUAACCACUUUUCAGUUAAGCUUAUAAGCCUACAACUUUGUUUGUCUUUUGGCAACAUAGAGAUGAACAUUCAAUUUGUAUGUAUGGUUUUGCCUUAAAACUUAUACCUUUGAUCAUGUUAUUGAUGCACGAACUGCAUAUGCAAAUUUAUAAUGCGAGGGUUCGUGUUUGAAAGCACUCAUGAUAUUUUCCCAGUGUUCGGUGGGAGGUAGUUCAUUUAAUAUCGUUUACGAAAGACCAAACCUCGCGCUAGUCAAAGAAUAGUUGUCAAUGGUACUUAAAAAAUACUAGAGAGAUGUCAGUUAAUCUAAUUUAUGUGGGAAAAUGUUCACAGGGGCACCCAACGAGAAUAUAGUUCAAAACCACUCAAAAAUUGCAUUGUUAAACGUAUUUUUAUAUUUACAUGUAAAAGGUAGAUAAAGGCAUAUUUUUAUCCCCUAAAAUUUUUUCAUCUGUUCGGAUUUCCUAGCUGAAAGCUAGGAAAGCUUUUUUCAGCCAGAAAAAAGGCUUCCGAAAAUUUUAGGUGACCUUUUUAGGUUAAAAAUCCGUUAAAAUUGGCAACAGUACCAUUUUUUAGGUGUUCGAAAAUCCUAGGAGAGGCAGGCAAGCAAGAAAUUUUACAACAAAUGUUCCGAAAAUUCUAGAUCUCAAAUCGUCUUUCGAACAGAUAUUUUCCAAAAAUCGACGUCGGGUGCCCCUGAUUAAAUAAGCGAAACAAGACGCCAGUUUAGCGAAGCAGGGAGUUUUAUAACAGCAGACAGAAUUUACUAGAAGGUUUACGUUUUUAUAUUUGCUCGCCACGAACGAAUCUAAAGAGUAACUUAAUAUAUUACAAAAGUAGGUUGAGUUUGAUCGUCCGUGUGAACGUAGUCUUGAAUAGGACUGUUGUUGUUGACAGUGACAGUGACUGACGUUUCCACAACCUGUGCGGUAGUCAUCUUCAGACUCAAAGUGAGUUGUAUUACGUCAGUUGAUGGUAUUAUACUCUGGUGAUAUUACGUAAUACGUAAUAUGAGUAAUUUUCAAUGCGCUGUUUUCUAGACUUGACUUCUGAAACCAAGCUUAAGGCUUUGUCUUUCCAAUUUAUGAAUUUUGGCUAAAAGAGACAAAACCCUCCCUUGAUAUAACAUGUUAUAAUAUAAGUUGUCUUGCCAACAAAACAACAUCCAUUGUUAAUUUGAGUGCAUGUUAUGAAGUACCAUUAAAUCUUGUGCCCCGAAAGCUCUUAAGGAGGCUUUUCUGACUUUUAACGAAUUUGACUUGUGAUGACGGGAAAGAACAAUACUUGGAUUUAAUGAUCGGCGUAUGUAUAGCCUCCAAAGUAGGCGUAUUUUGCAGCGGGAUCGGGGAAAAUGCUAUCCUUUCAUCUUGGACGUUGAAACAAACGGAGAGUUGGGCUAGUCAAAAAUUGAUUCAAGCUGCUAUAUCAUGACAACUGAUGAAAAUGGAACGCAAAGUCAAAUUGUUUAUAAACAGCACAGAUCACAGCAAAAUUUGGGCAUGGUGUUCGUUGCUUAUUGGACAACUGAUACCAUUAGUGAUCUGUGAGUCAUAUGCCGUGUGAGACCGUGUGAAAGCUGAGCCCGCACUGAGCGGUGCGUUUCCGUGAUCCUGUACCAGGUAUUCACACGUGAUGUGUGCAUUCAAAAGGAAGCUUAAUCUAGCAGUAAAUCCGGACAUCUCAGCUCCAUAAUAUGGUCUAGUCUCGUGUUUUCUAAAAUUUAAUGAGGAGUUUUCUAUAGUAGUUUUAAACAUCGUGCUUACCAUCUCGUACCGGUUUGGUACUCCCCCACAAAGUUGCCGCAAACUCACAAAGUUCUUUCACCGCAGUAUUAACCACUUCCACCUCUUAGUUAGACUUCCUGUAGUCCGGAAUACGGAGCUAUACUUGCUACAUUGCAAUUAGCGCUUAAUGUCUUGGUUAACGACAAAAAUGUUGCCCGGAACUGACGGACUAUGGCAAUGCGUGUAACGGGGGGAGAGAAGGGAAAGUGUCACAAAAGCAAGCCAUAUACUUGAACGACUUGAACAAUGCAAUGUGUGAAAGCCCAGAUACAUGUAUAACAAUCACCCCAGUUUAAUGGAUGAGUGUUUUUCGCCCCAGCAAGAUUGACGUGAUGUGAGAGAAACUUGAUAUAAUGUUUUCGCAGUUACAACGAACCAGCAGCUCAGUUAAAAGAUCAUCACCUUUUUUAGAAACCCUUUCCCUGGUAAAUCAGGUUUCACUGAACUUUGGUGUGUUUUAUUCGAGCCAGCUGGGAUUUUUCUUUGACAAGUAGGAGUAAAUGAAUAGUAAAUUAUAUUUUUCCGCUUCGUUGAAUGCAACAAUACCGAAGUUCAUUGUACAAACGUCCAAAGAUAGAAUGGCUUUGAAAUUCUCACUACACAUAAUAAACCAAUGUUUUACUUUAGCUCAGAACUCAUUAACACAAAGCUUGAAUGAGGUUGUUUAACAUUUGUUUUUAAUCUUUUAUAUUUCUUUUCGAUCAUCAUGAUGUUUUAACAAAGGAGAGUUGUUUUGGCAAAAUGUGAUAUCAUUGCCAUUAACAAUAUUUGACUUCUGAAUUAAAACUCGUCACGAGUUAGUACGAACAAAUCAUUUCUUUUUUUAAAGGAAUAACUGACUUUUAAAAUCAAGCCGUCAACUAAAAAUAUUAAGAACGAAAAAAGAUGUUUACUCAUUAAACUCAAUAGCUUGUGGUCUAUCUCUUUUUGUAGACAACAAAAUAAGGAAUGAAUUUAAUUGACUGAUCUAAGGAAAAGUGUCUUUAACAAAGACCGUCUAAUAGUAUUUUCACUUGCUAUUUUAUUGUUUUUCAUAAACUGAUUCGUUGCAUGUUACGUGUGCUUUUCUUGGGCAAUAUAACCGUGUUUUCAUUAGUUGGUGAUCCUGUUUUCGAUAACUUUACUGUAAAAAAUGCGAUGUCACGGUUGCCUUUUCCCUGUUCCGUUAUCAGGCAAUAGGCCUUCGUACUGAAUUGGAGAUAAAGUGUCGUUGAAGACUGAACUUGAAUCUUGGUAGUGUUUUCUCGCUUUUUCUCCACACGAUAUUACUGACAUUGUUUUCAAUGACAUGAAAAGCAUACUUGCAGCCCUUUCUAUUUUAUCUUAUAUUAGGGGCUAUGUACGAAAUAUUUCUAAAUAACUAGAGAUAGAUAUGUCUGAUGUAUCGAAACGUUUUUAGUCUACAUUUAUUUUACGUUAUGCACAAAACACAGCUGGACAAAUUGUUUAGUCGCUAAAGAAACUUUAAUGAUGCGUUGUUGGUAGAGAGAGUAAAAAAAUUGGUUUUAACUGAGUUCAGUUAUAAAGUAAAUACGCCACAGUAAAGACAUUUAAGACGACGCUUCGAGAUUUUUUAUGACUGGAGUGGUCGGUUUAAAAAGAAACCUUGAGAUGCAGUGUCAGUACGUGAUGAAGUGAAGAUCUCAUUUGUAUGAAGAGCCAGCCCUACUGGAAAAAAGUGACUUUAUGGUUUUCACUGCGGCCCGCAAUAAGGACAGACUAAAACAAAUACUUGAAAUAUAUAGAAAACAAGGUUAAGUACUCCAACUGGCCGAAGGCAAACCAGUUGGCUAUUUUACAAGCAUGACUGAGGAGUUUUUGAACCCGGGACUACCGAGAACAAAUCCAGCUAGUGAUCAGCAAGGGACCGCUUAAACUCCGGGUCUCCAGAUUACAAUUACAACGCUCUAACCACUCGAUCACGAUACCUCCUCGUCAGCUUUUCAAUCCGUUUUGCCCGCGGGCUGAAUUGACUUGAUAAAACUGAACCAAAGUUUUGUCGUUUUUUGCGAAGUGUAACAAGGUACGUUAAAGAUUUAUUGAAAAGAAUUAGAAUUCUCGUACGUUCACAAAAACAAAUUACAUUGAACAUCUGCUCAAAUUUCUAUUUCACAUUUUCUUCUUUGUAUCUUGAAGAAACACUCGAGCUGAAGCACGUUUCUGGCUCGAUAUUAGUUGGCGAUUUUCAACUUCCAACGUUGGAAUUUGUCGUUAUCUCCUCAGUCAAGGACCUAUUGCUCAAUAGUUGCGUACCCACCCCGUCUACACGUAUCCAGAUCUUUGUGAAAACCGAGAUUUUUUUCUUUCCGUUUUAGCCGUCCGUCUACCCGUAAACGGUGUUUUCGGUCACCAAAAACGCCAGCUUCUCGUUUUCGCGUGGACGGAGGAAAAUGGAGGUUUUCUAAAACGAUGAUGUCAUACAUCACACUGCUCAUGCCCUGUAAGGACGGAAAUGCUAUCGUAUUUCCAUUGUUUUAGCGUUUUAGUGUGGAAGGCUAGACGGGCGAAAGACAUUCGAAUACGCUACGUGUGGACGCGUUUUGCGGUUUUCGAAAUAGGGAGAAAAACAUCUUCGUUUUCAAAAGUGUCCGAAAUCACAAUUGUUUUUUGCAGCAAUAUGGUAUACUCUCACGUUACCCCACUGAAAUACUUUAACAAUAUAUACUCACUAAUGAACGUCAAGUUUCCUCAGACUGAAGAAGUUAAGACUAUUAACUUCCCACGCUUUAAGUAAUAAAAUGUUAAUACCAGCCGUAGUUUUUAUUUUUCUUGAAAGCGUUCGUCAAGCUCCAUAAAUGUGGUUUAACAAAAAAACAUGAAGGUUUGUUAUUACAUCUUACAGGAGUUGAACCGGUUGGCAAUUUUUCUCGUUAUUCCUUUGUCAUCAGUAUGGAUUUACGAUUCUUUCUCUAUGGGUCUUCAGUGGUGAUCAGAAACGCUAACUCCAAGAGCCCAUGAACUACAAUGUGCGUCUUGUCUUACAUUUAUUUGGGACCUAUUAAGUAUAUUGCAAAAAACAAUUAGACAAGAUAAAAUACAUUCAUUUCAUGAGUAGAUUUCUAUGUCAUCGCCAUGUUGAGCUCGUAUUUUUUAUCUCAGUUUCUCAGUCGAGCUGUUUGACCCAGUCUCACUUAAUUAUAAACGCCUGACGCGCGUGCGUUGUAAAGCACAGGCGCCCUACUUAUAAUUAACGCGCGUGUUUUAUCGAGAUAAUUAAACGCAGUUACGUCAACAGUAGAAACGUGCGAAGGUUUAAGACAAGAAAUAGAAAUGUGCUUCUCGUUUACUUUUUACUAGUUAGUAAGCUACUGGGAAAUUUUAGGAAUACUCGAAAUAUACAGGAAGUACUCAACAGCCUUAACUUCCUUAGUCUUAACUUCCGGAAGGUAAUCGUCUUUUUACGUGUUCUUUAAAAGUUCCUAUACUGCUUGUAUUACUCAACAAUUUACCUGGCAUAUUGUCUUACUAUGAUAUACCGACUGUGAGCGUGUUGGUAUGUAAAGCUGUUGUCGUAUAUUUUCUCUUUUCUGCUUAGUAUGUACAAGAGCGCUGGACAUUGCAAUUGCCGUAGACGUUUCAGGAAGCUUGAGCGACAAUUUCACUCAGAUCCAAACGUUUCUCAACGAAUUGGUGGGAGAAUUCACUAUCACAAACAAUGCUGCGCGAAUAGUGGUAUUUGGUUUUGAUCAAGAGCCUCGCUCGACGAAUGUCAAUAGCUUUGACCAGGCUGGAGCCCAGUCUCUCGCAGGUGUCAGGGAACAAAUAAGCAAUGUAAAUCUGACCCUUGGAGCGACUUUAAUAACGGUGGCAAUAGCAGAAGCUUCAAGACUUUUUAAUGAGUCGACUGUCCGUAAUAACGCAGAGCGUGUGGCCGUGUUUGUGACUGAUGGAGUAAAUCUAGGUGGUCGCAGGUUUAUAACCCAACCAGCAGCGGAUUUGAGAGCGGUAAGUAGAAAACAUACACUUCUAGGACUG